GAUUUAAAGUGAACUCCGUGCCAGAGUCCAGGCAGAUUGGGGUCUCUUGAACCACUCAGAUAGUCAGAGGAUCGUUGCUGUCUGUGGGUUUCUGUCACGUUCUCUAUAUGGCUGCUGCUGAAUCAGACUCCAGAUCUCUUUUCUCUCUGGACUCUUACCAUGUCUCUCAGGAGCUUGGCUUCAUCCUCCCUGAUCCUCUGGAAGAGCUUCCACCUUACUACCAGCCAUGGAUGGAUAUUGCCCUGCGAGUCCCAGAGCUUGUCCUCUCUCACGAGUUGCGCUUCCAUAUAAACAAGAUGCCGCUGCUGAGCAGCCAGUUUCUGCAGAAGCACCGGGAGUUACGGCUGGCCCACCUGGCCCUCAGCAUCAUGACCAUGGGCUACACCUGGCAGGGGGGAGAGAGCAACACAGUCGAGAAAUUACCACAUAAUCUGGCUGUCCCGUACUGGGAGGUGUCACAGCGCUUAGGACUUCCUCCAAUCCUCACCCAUGCAGAUGCAGUUCUGGCUAACUGGAGAAAAAAGGACCCAGAGGGGCCUUUUGACAUGGAGAACCUGGAGCUGCUGCUCAGCCUCCCGGGUGGAGACAGCGUGCGAGGUUUCUUUAUGGUUACUCUGCUGGUGGAGCUGGCAGCGGUUCCUGCGCUGAAGAACAUUCCCACUGUGAUCAAUGGUGUCAGGUGUGGUGACACUGAGGCUGUGGCCAGAGCCCUGGAGGAGGUCAGCCAGUCUGUAGAGGAGAUGACAGAUGCACUCAAACUGAUGCAUGUGUACGUGGAGCCGUCUAUCUUCUAUGGCAUUAUGAGGAUCUACCUGUCUGGGUGGAAAGACAACCCCUCUAUGCCAAAGGGUCUGAUUUAUGAAGGGGUCCAGCCAGAACCGAUGGAGUAUUCAGGUGGGAGCGCUGCACAGAGCAGCUUGCUGCACUGCUUUGAUGAACUUCUAGGCAUCAAACAUGAAGCCAAAAGUGGUGCCUUUCUAACCCGCAUGAGGAACUACAUGCCACCUGCACACAAGCAACUGAUCCAGGAUAUCUCAUUGCAACCCUCCCUCAAGAGUUUUGUCCACCAGCAGGAUAGCGAGCGGCUAAACCAAGCCUUUCAGCACUGUGUCACAAAACUGUUGGCUUUGCGCAACUACCACAUCAACAUCGUGAGCCGCUUCAUCACUGUACCUGCUGCCCGUGCCCGACAACUUCGUAACCAGGGCCAACACUCAGAGGGCGAGAUGAUCAGCAGAGCACCAACAGCUUUAGAGGAGAGGGGCACCGGUGGCUCUGGCAUCAUGAUCUUCCUUAAGACUGUGAGAGACCAAACAAAAGACGCCUUCCUGCCUGAGACAAGCAAAGAAAUGAAACACCACAGCUGAUGUGGACUGUCAUCACUCAUGCUCACACAGCCAAGUGUCAAGCACAUCACAUAAAACAGACAGUAAAUCACCUCUGACUACUUAACACACUAUUUUGUGUCAUUAAAAGGAUGCAUUUUGGCAGAAUGAGA